AUCAAGUGCUCACAGUCCUCCGUAGAAACCCUGGCAGAGCAAAGAUAGCUUUUUCGAAAAAGUUUUCCCAGCCAGCGAACCAUUAAUCAAUUUCUGCCCCGGCCGACUGAAUUAACGGCGGGCGGUGCGAAGGAGUCCCUGCAGCAUGAGCGGCAUGUUCCAGGAGAUCGUGGCCCUUGUUCUAGCCACCUCGGGCUGGGUACUGGAGUCUUCCACCUUGUCGACAGACUACUGGAAGGUCUCCUCAAACGACGGAUCUGUCAUCACCACGUCUACCUUCUGGGCCAAUCUGUGGAAGCAGUGUGUGACCGAUUCAACAGGGAUCUCCAACUGCAGAGACUUUCAGUCCAUGCUGGCACUGGAUGGUUACCUCCAGGCGUGCAGGGGACUGAUGAUCGCAUCCAUCUGCUCGGGUUUGUUCGGCUCCGUUUUCGCCCUUGUUGGGAUGAAAUGCACCAAGGUGGGAGGAAGUGACAGAAAUAAAGCCAGGAUCGCCUGCUUUGCUGGUGUCAAUUUUAUUCUCAGUGGGGUCUGCUCGCUUUCGGCCUGCUCUCUCUAUGCACACCGGAUAACAACAGAGUUUUUUGACCCAAUGUUUAUGUCUCAGAAGUAUGAGCUCGGAGCUGCGCUCUUCAUCGGCUGGGCAGGUGCCAUCCUCUGUAUUCUGGGAGGCAGCAUCUUCUGCUUCUCACUCACAGAUUCUUUUUCAAGAACCCACAGUCAGGCAAACUAUAUCUACACAGGCGCGGCGUCGCAUUCCCAUAUCACCGCCUACACGAGGGGGCAGACGAAGUCUGUAAACGAAAGGCCGGCUGCAGAUAACAGCAACUCCUCCAGGAUGCAGCACUUUGAUAAAAAUGUAUACGUGUAAGGGAGGUAAACGCAAAUCCCUUUCACCUAAAGACGUUGUUGGUUUUUAAGAGUUUUACCCUCAGCGUGUUAGAUGCAGCAGCAGCAGCGUUGGGCCAAAUCUAACAGAAGCAGAGGUAGGUUACUGAUUCAGAUUUGUGGCUCACCAGCUUUUUUACAGUAGUUUUAAAAAUUGUCGGGUUUUUCUUCGAGGUACAUGACUUUAAAGGUUUUCUGAUAUGGUUUACUCAUUGCUCUCUUGUUUUUGCCCUUUUAUAUGUUUUAAAUAUAAAAAACAAGAAAACAGUGGUGCAGGAAUGAGCCGGUCUGAUCAAACCUUGUCACAAAUAAUUCCCCAGUUCCUUUGUUUUAUUUCUUGUAUUUUUGUUGUUGUAUGGAACUGUUUUAGAGAUGUUGUUACAUUUAUUUCCAUUUUAGUUUUGUUGCUUGCAACUAACACUGUAUCUCACCCAUUUUCCUAUCAAUCCAUGAAGGCAAAUUUGGAAACUGUAACAUGAGACACGAGGCAGCAAUUGAGUUUGUUGUAAUGCUUCGACAUCACGGAGGGGGAAAAAAAAGAAAGAAAAGAAAAAUACUGCAAAAUGUGAAAAAAGUGGUGAUUAUUUUUGGUUGUGAUUUCAUGAAAAUGAAUAAAACUCAAUGAGAUCUGA